CCCUCCAUCCCUUCCCUCUACCUCUCUCUCCCUCCCUCUCUCUCUUCCCCUCCCCCUCCUCCUCCCUCUCCUCCCCCUCCCUCUCCUUCUCCCCCUCAUUCCCUCUCUCCCUAUCUCCCCCCACAUCUCUGGCAUGGCUGAGAUCCUUACAUGACACGGUGGGAUGGAGAGAGAGAGGGCAGGAGAGGCAGCAUGUUCGUCUUGCAGCCCCUUGCCGCACACCGUCUUUUUCUUUGAAAAUCGAGUCACUUCACAAUCACAGAAGUUGCCCUCUGCAAACACAGGGAUAUGGUCAACAAAACUCUUAACACGUCCACAUGAGUGUAAGCCCAGCCAUUGCCUGCUGGGCGAAGCCUGGCAACUCAGGGGAAGGAAUGCAGGGGCUCCUUAGUCACCUCUGGACUCCUGUCUUCUGGUGGGUGCCACCUUGCUUUCUCUCUAGAGUUUCUUCCAUGGCCAAACCAUCUUGUAUCCCUGUUGAAUCCUCUGAUAGGAUGCAGUGAGCAGGACAGGUCACUUGCUCAAAAGAAUCUUUGAAAGCUCCGGUAAAUACCUGAGACACUUAAGCUCGGCAUUCAAGCCCACCUGUGGUAUGGCUCUUUGUAUCAUACUCCUGUGUCCGAGUAUGUGUACAGGUCCAUGUCUGUGUCCAAGUGUGCACACACGUAUGUGCAGUGUGGAUGCUGGAAGUCAGCCUUGGAUGCUAUCCCUCAGGUACCAUCAGUACCCCCUUUGUUUAGAGAUAAGGGCUCUCAGUGGCUGGGAACUCACCAAGAAUAGGCUGGGUGGCCAGGGAGCCCCAGGUAUCUGCCUAUCUCUGCCUCCCCUGUAUAAACUCGCACAACCACUUUGUCCUUCCGACCAUUCUAUAUCCCCAGGCAGGCUCUGCACUUCCAGACUCGUGUCUGGUCACCCCACAUGCUGGUGCCUGAGUAUAGAAUUGAAGUCCAGAGAGAAUGUUAAUUAUCAAAGCCUAUGUAAAUUUGGGCCCCAGUUGCCGAUUCCAUUUUCAAUCUAUGUAGAGUAGCCAUGCCACCUGCCUGGUUCCUGGACAGACUUCUUGAAUGGUUAAGAGGUAGCAAAAGGAACUGAAUUGUGACUAGAUCUCAGCAGUAAUAUGCAGUCACACACACACACACACACACACACACACACACACACACACACACACAGCACUGGGUCAGCAAUAUGUAAAUCAGGCUACCUUGAGCCCCCCAGGCCUCGCUUUGUUGUUGUUCUGCUGUCAUUCAACUAUCUAGGUCUCUGCUUUCUGACUGGGACACUUUCCCCAAUCCAGGGUGGGAAGGAUGCAUGGAUUUAUGCACACAGGGUCGCUAAGGUAAAGGCCCCACCACCUGCCAUUCCUGCCAAGUGCUCUGCUCUGGCUUUUCCCAUGACCCACAGGUUCAGUACCAUCUUGGCUCCUGUCUAAGCAGAUUAGACGGCAUGAGUCCUUCAUUCCUUCAGCAAUGGCUGAGGAUACUGAGCAGGUCUAAGUACCUAAAGAAUAGAUACAUGGGUAGGACAUGGCUGCAAGACUUUGGGUGAGUGCAGAAUCCAGCCUCAGUUUCUUCAUCCAGAAAGUGGGUGUGGUCAUUGCACUUUCCACCUACAAUUGCGGUGAAGGUUAUGUGAGGUGAAAAGCCUGGGACCUCACCAAGGAACUGCUGGAUACUGAAGCCUUUACCGUAUAAUCUGUGGUCAGAAUGAAAACCGUAAACACUGGAGGAAGGGAUACAGUCUGAACUAUGCUUCAGGGAAAUGACUCAUAGCAUCUAAUAGGAACUUUAGAAUGGCUGGCAUGUAUAUAUUGUAAGAAAAUAUAUUAGAUUUGGAUCACAUGAUUCAACCUAGGCAGUCAACAGUGGCUGUCUCAUAGUGGAGGGGCUGAGAAGAUGGCGGCUGCUCAGUUCAUGGACUAGAUGUCUCUGCAGGCCUGAUUUGGCUUUGAAGACCUGGAGAACUGCAGGAGAGCCACUGGUCUUUAGUUAACAUUAGAAGCCUGGAGAAGCUGGGUUCUGAGGUGGCAAAGGAAUGGAACUGCAGCAGCAGAGUAGGUGAAGCUGCCAAGAAGAGUGCAGGCAAGGGACGGCCCUGGUUGUGUCAGGGGCAGAACUCUGCUGGCUUUGAGCACCUUCAAACAAAUUCUUGAAGUCAUCUGCACUGUCUGCCUGAGGAAAGAUGGCCAACACCUUAAAAGGAGUGCUUAUAGAAUGUGAUUCUGCCACGAAGCAGUUCUUUCUCUACUUGAAUGAGUCCAAUGCCUUGGGAAAGAAGUUCGUCAUUCAAGACAUUGAUGACACACAUGCCUUUGUCAUUGUGGAACUGGUUAAUGUCCUCCAGGAGCAAGUAGGGGAACUGAUGGACCAGAAUGCCUCUUGUCUUACCCAGAAGUGAGAGCUCUAGUGUUAAGCACUUGGCAUUCCCAACCAGACACGAGAGAGAGGCCUGCUUAGUGUCUCCUGGGGUUUAGACUUGUUACGAGCAUUUGGUGGGAAAGGCUGCUGCAGGGUCAUUCACUCAGAUGUAAGCUCCCAACUGAUUUUGUUGGACCAUUAAAAAAUAUCUUUUUAAAGAAGAGAGAGAGAGAGAGAGAGAGAGAGAGAGAGAGAGAGAGAGAGAGAGAGAGAGAGAGAGCAGGCGCUCACUGCAGAGAACAUGGUUCUGCUCUCUGGUACCUGUGUGGUGGUUUGCAGCCAUUCUCAACUCUUGUUCCAGGACACCCAACACCUCUUCUGGCCUCCCUGGCCACCAGGCAUGUGCACUCGUUGUGCACAUACAUGCAUGCAGGCAAAAGCGAAGGCAAACAGGCACGAAGCAAAGCUUCUUUCCGUACUCAUUUAUCUGAGCUGCCAUCAGAAGGUGCCACCUAUGUUAGGGUGACUCUUUCCACUCUUUGGAAUUUGGUGGAGAAAAUUCCUCCCAGGAGUACCCUACAGCUUGCCUUUUAGUUGCUUCCAGAUCCAGUCAGGUUGACAACCAAGACUUACCGUCACAGAGGAGACUUACGGUCUCAGGUGUCCACUCAGCUCUCUGUGACCUCUCCCAACCAACAUUUGUAGACUGAAGUAUGUGUCAUCUGGGUACUGAGUGAGGGCACCUGGAAGGGGACAUAAGGGAGAGCUAUCAGGUGCAUUCCAUUCACAGUCUUCUCCUGUCCCGACCGUUUUACAGGGUCUUCCCUCUCAAGGGAUGCCUGGCUAGCACCCAGUCUUACAGCAUAGAAUUGAGACAUUUGGGGGAGAUUUAAAAUAGAACAUUGUGUGUGUGUGUGUGUGUGUGUGUGUGCUUGAAGUGUGUGGUCAUAUGUGCCUUGACAUGAAUGUGGAAGUCAAAGGACAACCAAGUCUUUUCUCUCCUUCUGCCUUUAUGUGAGUCCAGGGAAUCGAACCCACGUCACCAGGUUUGUGUGGCAAGCUCCUUUACCCACUGAGUCAUUUCCCGAGCCCUGGGGAAGAUUUUAAUGGGAAGAAUUAAGAUGAGUCUUAGCUCAAAUCUGUACCAACCAGAUGUCAUAGUAUGAGCCAACCAUACUAGACAGAAUAGUGUCCAACCCCAGUGUUGUUAUUACCCCGCUCUCCAGGGACUGUGAUGAUGAUGUCUUACAUGGCAAAGGGGGUCUGUGAAUGUGGUUAGGUUAAGGAACCUCAGAACCUUGAAAAAUGCCAGGGUCCAGUGUAUCUACCUGGAACCUUUGAUCUGCCUGUUUGUUUUCUUUGAGGCAAGGUCUUGUGUAGUUUGGGCUGGCCUUAGUCUAGAUAAAUAGUUGGGGUUGGCCUAUAGUUGGUACUAUUCCCCUGCCUCUACUUCCAACCCCGAGAAUGCUGAGGUCACAGGCGUGUGAUAACAAACUCAGGUCCACUGAAACUGAGGAGACCCUCUGCUGCUGUGUCUGCAGAGACCAGGCUACUGACGGCAUGUGAGGACUCCCAGGAGCCAGGGAAGGCAAGGGAGUCCCGAGAGUCUCCAGAAGGGAAGGCAGCACCAACACAGCUUAGCACUGGCUCAGGGAGGUCCGUGUGGCCUCUGAUCUCCAGGAAUGGUCAGGAAGGAGUCCCAGCUCAGGCACUAGGUCUGUGUGGUGUGUGAGGCAGUCAAGGAAAAUGAAUACAGUGCCCAGGUGCUGAUGAGGCCAAACACAGGGGACUUGCCACCAUUUUCCACCUUGGAGAGCUCACCCAGUGAGGGAGACAGACAAGCGGACUCCUUGCCACCACAUUGACUGGGGAGUUCUCUCUGCCUGGGGACCAGAGAGACAUGGAGCAGGUAAGCUAGGGUGUGUCUGUAGGAUAGGUAGCAGGUUUUAUUUGUGUUGUUGUUGUUGUUGUUGUUUUUAUUUGCUUUAGGAGAAAGGGGGAAAGGGAAAUCUAGGCUGAGCAGACAGUAUGUGCAAAGACACAAAGGAAGGAGGAAUAUGAUGUAUUUCCACCUGCGAAGACAGUCGCCGUGGAGCCAGGGACUGGUGGGGCUGUGUUCCUGUGCCCAUCCAUCCUCGAAUGUCCUGGGGGAGAGCAGGAGGUGGGCAGCGCUGGGCUCUCUGCAGAGAGGAGGAUCUUCCUGGAGGUGUGAGUUCCGGUCACCAGACGCUCCCACCUGGCUCUCUCCUUGGAAUCUUGUUUUGUGCUUUAGAAAUGGACAUGAAGGGACUGGGGAUUGAUUCAGACAGUAAAAUACCAGCCACAGGAGCUAGGACCUGGAUUCAGAGCUCCAGAAGUCAUUUAGAAAGCCAGGAGUGGCAGUGCACCCCUGCAGCUCCUGUGUUCUCCGUGUGCCUGCAUGUGCAUGCCUGGUGAGAGAUCCUGCCUCGGAAAAUAAAGAUGGAAGGGCAUGGAGGACGCCUGACGCUGACCUCUGACCUCUGACCUCUGACCUCUGCGUGCAUAGCAUGCCUUGCCUUAGGGCUAUGAUGAAACACCAUGAACCAAGGCUUACAGAAGAAACUGUGUAACUGGGGGCUUCCUUACAGCUUCAGGGGGUUAGUCUAUGAUCCUCAUGGUGGCAGGCAGGCGGGGCAGUAGAUGGGAACUUACAUCAUGAUCAGCAGGCAUCGGGCAGAGAAAGAAUGCAAAACUGAGUCUGGUGUGAGCUUUUGAAGGCUCAAAGCCAACCCCCUGUGGCAUACCUCCUCCAACGAGGCCACACCUCCUAGUCAUUCCUAAACAGACUACCCACUGGGAACCAAAUAUUCAAAUAUAUGAAUCUAUAGGGGCCAUUCUUAUUAAACCACUAACACACACACACACACACACACACACACACACACACACACACACACCACAUAAAUAUGCACAUAAACAGAUUUUUUUUUAAAAGUGGAUAUGUUUGUGCC